CGUCGGUAGCUACGUAGAAACCUCUAAAGACGCCCGUUUCGACUCAAAACUCCGAAUACAUAGCAACUCCCCGAUCCGCUUUCGAGAUACAUACAAGUCACGACAAUGAUUAGCCGUAUUUCGUACUCCCCAAGGGCUGCUUUUAUUCAUUUUCUUUCCUGAUUUCCGGCUGUUCUGACGUCGUUACACCGAAGCCAUCGGACACCUCGAUCGUUUCCAGUACUUUUUUGUUCGUUCGAGGCUUUUAGGAUUUGCGAGAGCGUCACUUUUUCUGUCCCUAUCGAGAACGAGUGAUACUUCCUGUUAACCGUACUUAUCUUCAAACGCGAUUCGUACAAUAUCAUGGCGACCGUCCCGGCGGCGACCGCUGGUCCUAAAAAAUUAUCAUUCGCAAAGGUCGUUGCCUCUAAACCCAAAGAAAACAUCCCCAUAGUUUCAGCUACUCGAGUUGCCGUACCGACUAUGGAGCAUCGCGUGCAGCCUCCAGCUGCUUCUACAAACACAACCGCAGCAAAUAAGGGUACAACACCGACUUCUACGAACAGUCCGAUAGCUGCAGCCAAGUCUCCUCCCCCGAUUCCGAAGGACAACGGUGUAGCGACUACUUCAACUAGCGCUGAGGUUGUUGACAGUACUAAGUCUACUCAGGGUGGGAAAGAUUUACAAACAUCACUUUCCGCCGCCAGCGUUUCAACCACACCUAGUCUCGUUGUGAACGGCUCCUCGCCUUCUAUGAGCGAAUCACAAAGUAAGAAUGACACCGGAACCGUGUCAGACGAUGCUUCCCAAAGAGCAGAUUCCAAUUCUGAGAUGGGUACUAAGGCGCCUAGUUUGGACGGGAAAAGCAUCACUUCGGGGACCACGUUUGCGCUUGACGAGAAGGAAUCAUUACGCCCAGAUGACAGCGCCAGCGUAAAAGCUUCCGCAGAGGAUGAUGAAGCUUUUUCAAUAAGGGGUUCUCUCAUCGCUAAUUCCCGCCCGGCUUUGGGUUCUGAGGUGGCUCGCAUCCAUCGCCUCCGACUCGGUGACAUGCCUGAGAGACGAAUCAUCCAAAUGAUCCCCGAAUCGCAAGAUCAAGGUGUCACCACUCCUCAGAGUGUUGCUUCUAGUCAACCGCCUCCAGUCGAGCAGCCGCAGACCCUAGGUAUAGUGAACGGGUCAUCUGACGCAUUUACCUCGAUGUAUGGCCAGAACCCAGACGAGAAAUUGCUUGAAGCUAUGCAGUCUCCAAAGGACCGGAUUUUCCUCCUACGAUUGGAACAGGAGGUGAUUAAUUUCGUCCAAUCUUCAAAGGAACCCUAUAUGGAUCUACCGCCGAACAACUCGUUCUGUAGGAUGUUAACCCACAAACUUGCUGACUAUUAUCAUAUGACACAUUCUUUCGAGGCGGUUCAGGGUUCCGUCCGUAUUUUCCGAACUCCUUUCUGCCGCGUACCUCCAUCUUUGGCCAGUAUCGUGGGUACUAAUACUAAUACCACCACAACUACAACGCCUCCGCAGCUCUUACCAAAGAAGAUCAUGCGACGUGGCGAAGAUGGUGGAUCUGGACAGGCUAGUACUAGUCCAUCCAAGGCAACUUCUGAAGUCGGGAGUGAUGGAAAGGAAAAAUCUGGCCAAACGAAGGAGAAGCUUACCAGAGAGGAACGGGAGGAGGCAUACAAUAAAGCCCGAGAGAGAAUCUUCGGCAGUUCAGAAAAGCAGGGAGAGCCAACACCAGAUGAUGACGCAAAUGGUGUCUCUCGGGCAAGCUCCGUAUCAGCGAAAGACAAAUCUAACCUCGGGAAGCGGGGAAAGACAGGAAAGCAGCGGAGGGAUGAUUCCGAGAGCUUCGAUUCUCGUUCACAGUAUCAGCCGUACUAUCAUCCUCAUCAGCCUGGUUGGACACCCCAGUAUAUACCUGUUGGGCACCCUCAGUAUAACAGCCCAGUCCAACAACCUUACCAAAACCCAAUGCCCCAGGCAUUUCCACCUCCAGCACAAGCUUAUCCUGCUAUGGUGCCGAACAAUGCGUACCCUCAAUAUGCUAAUAUGCCAGUUUAUGGUCCGCCCGCACAACCCACACCGCCGCGAUACCCUCCGUCUAAUGGCUCUGUGGCCGCUUAUGGAGGACCAGUCCAGAAUCCUCCACCUCAACCCUGGCAGCCCACUUAUCCCUCGGCACAGGCAUCCAGCCCAUACCAAAGCCGCGCUCCUCAGCCCCAACCCCCGGGAAAUCCAGGUUCACUAGGGAUCCCUUAUGCGUUCGGACAACUUCCUGCAAAUGCCAAUCCGCAUGACCCGAAGAGUCAACACCCUAUUCCUGGAAGCUACAAUCGUCAUGCUUUCAACCCGAAGACUCAGUCAUUCGUGCCUAGUAAUGGCAUGAUACAGGUUCAGCCUCCGAUGCCUCCAUAUAACAUGGGUGGCCACGGUAGUCCUCAAGUUGGAUCACCUCAUCUCGCCUAUAGUGGAUUUAACUCUCCUGCCCCGCCUCAGCCUUAUGUAGGCGGUCCGGGUUAUGGCAUGAGCCGCCAGGGAUCUAACAACUCCCUACCCCCUUAUCCACAACACCUGCCGCAACACGCACCGGCACACUUACCCCAGGCUCCGCCUCAGAUGCCGAACAAACCAAGCAUUCCUCCUCCGACAGGGCCAGGUCAGACUUAUAGUCACUUAACUACUUUUGGCAAUCCCGCCUUGCCACAGAAGCCUCCGACCGGAAUCUAGACUAAAAUUCGCGCAACGCAGUAAUUGCAUGAAAAGUUAGCAAGCAUUAGUGGUGUUUAUUCUUUUCGGUGAGGACUCGAAACGUAUGGCGGAUGGAUACAGGGAACCCGCAGAGACAACUACACCGGCGUAAAUUGGCGGGUUGUCAUCAAAGGGAUCAUUGGCCGGCGUUCAGGCGAAAAAUUAGGUGAUGUGUUAAUUGUUUCUCGAGCAAGUCUUGGGAUAUGCUAGAUGGAACGAAUGAAUGAAUGACGGAAAUCUCCUUUUAUUCUUU